AUGGAGCAUUGGGUGAUGAAUUUCCUAAGUAUCAACCAGAACCAUGUGGAUGUGUCUGACUAUGAGAAGUUUUUUGUGCACUUCCGGAGAUACUUGAAUGAAAACCCUUGUGUUCAUAAGAAAGUAGCGAGGAUUCUUGUAAAAUCGUUGAGAGUGUUUAAGAACAAAGCUCUUCUUUCAAUCUCUUAUCGUCUUCUUUGUGAUAUUGAUGCAAAGAUAAGCAUUAGAAGUGCUGUAAUGCAAAGGCAUUUUAGAAGCAAAACAUUAAGGAGCCAUAUGUUGAUGCUAAUAUUGAAGUUGAAUGUACGUGAAUUUGAUGGGAAGCUGAAGAAGUUAUUGUAUGAUCCGUGGUAUGAAUGUAGAACGUUUUUUGAGUUGAUGAAGGCAAGGAAAGAGUGGGUGAUAAAGCUUUUAGAGUGCAAGAGCAAAGAACUAGCCAGGAAGCAGAUGGUAACGAUGAUACAUACUGGAAUAUUCCACAACCUUGAUUAUUUUAUUACUUACAUUGGAGAUGCUGACCGGAGCCUAUCGUUUUUAGGAUUUGAGGUGUUUAGUUUGUUUAUCUCUGAGUUUUGUGAAAGUAAAAGAAUACAAGGUGACACAGGCAGAGAUAAAGAUGUGAUUUUAUAUGAGAGUGAGAUGUUUGAAGUGAGAUGCAAUCACAAAGGAGUGUGGAUACAGCCUAGACGGUUGAUUAAGUUAGGAUGCUCAAUCAACUUUGUGAUUCAUUUUAUUGAAUUUAUGGCAGAAAAGAAGGAAAUGCAUGAAUGGAUUGCAAGAAGGGAUGUAGAUGCUGUAGAGAGUGUUGUUAGAAAGUAUGCUGAAUUUGAAGGAUGUUUAAGACUUCCUGACAAUGUGUGGACUGUGCAGCCGAGAAGAUGCUCUACAAGGCGAAUCUGUGAUGAACAGAACGAGGAUGUGUGUUUUGAAUAUCUCUUUGAUGGAAAGUCGCAUAAAGAAGCGAUGGAUUGCAUUGAGAUAUAA